AUGACAGCCGGGACAAAGAAACUUGGGCUACAUGGUAUUUCCCUGAUCGCUAAUCUUCGAAAGGCAUUAAGGUCUCCGGACUCUACACAAUAUGUCUACGGCUACAGAAUCACAAUUGUUGGAUUGUUCGUUGGAUACAGAGACCGCGCAUGA